UCACCUGUUUUGAAUUACAUACCUUCCAGGCAGGUAAUUGGUCAGGUGGACUCUUACAAAGGCCACACCCCUCUUCAUGAUGCUAUAUCACCUCCCUCUUCCCCGCUCAGCAUCAGUUCGCUGAUUUAAAUCAUCACUGCAGGGAUUGUUUGCUCACAGAAGAAGCUGAACAGAGAACAUUUGCACACCUCAACACGAACUUUGACUUUCACAGCUCAGGAAUGGAAGGACGAUUGAUCGUGUUGUUUGCUACACUGACCGUCUUUGUGGCGUCAGGCGUUCAAGGGACGUCUCAUUUGUCAUUUUCCAAUAAUACAGAGGUGAACAUCACUCGGGAUGGUUGUGGACCCCUUAAACUGUGUUUGGACAACCCAACCGGCUGCGAUCCAUCUACAAACGGCAACUGCCUGUUUGUCUCCUUUGCUAUCAAAGCCUUUUUUCUUCCUAACAGGGCUGACCUGACCAUCGACCUCAGGGGAAACGUUCAGUCCCCGGGAUACGUCGCUAUGGGAGCCACCCUUGCAGAUGGCAGCACCAGUCUGUUCGUCUGUGCACAUAACGGCUCAGCCAAUGCAACGUUCUUCCGGACGCUGAGCAGAAACAACAGUAGUAACCCGUUCAUGCCAGCGGAGACUAGAGUGACUGGAAUUCGAGUCAUGCUGAAAGGCGAUGUGAUCAGGUGUGAGUUCGAUAUCCCAGGCGUGACCGUCAACCAGAACAGGAUCACCAUCAGUACCAACCCCACCAUCACCGCCGGUUCUGGAGUUGUCACUGCAGAUGGUGGAAUCGGACAAUUCAUCGCCACCCUGAACCAACGUGUGAACCUCACUUCUGCCGCAGCAUCCCAAUGGAGCUCAUGGAAGGUGAAGAGUUUGGACUUCCUCUUUGGAGAGUCUAAGGACAAAGCUGGACCAAGCUAUUUCCAGAGUCCUUGCACACUCCAAGGACCUCAGUAA